GGGCGUCCUUCAGCCCCGAGAUGAACCACUGACUCCUAUCCGCUGGGUUUGUUUGUACACUCAUAUCUGUCUGGGACUUAUUCAUCCGACGAGAAAGAGCCUCUCUCUGUAUCUGCUGCUCCAACACAUCGACGAUCCAUCCGUCGGUGAGAGCAGGAGGAGAAAAGGCUGAGAGAGAGAGAGAGAGAGAGAGAGAGAGAGAGAGUCACAGCGACACGAAGAGCAGACAUGAUGGGAUCUACCAGGCGCUCAUAGAUCCCCCACCUGCCUCGCCUGCUCAUCAUGCCUGACCCUAUGCUCUCGUAGAAGCUUUCUAAAAUAAAUGGAUGGCAAAAAAACUUGUGUUAAUGGAGGGGCCUCCGCCCUUGGGCGUAGACAAAGCACUUUCUUAUGCAGGAGGCUAACCGUUCAUUCUGAAGGUGCAGGAUGAAAAGAUGGCACAGCUGCUUGUACCGCCAGGACCAGACAGCUUCCUCCCGUUUUGUCGUGAGUCUCUCAUUGCCAUCGAGAAGCGGAUUGCUGAAGAGAAGGCCAAGAGGCCCAAAGCGGAGCGGCGCGAUGAGGACGACGAAAACGGCCCCAAGCCCAACAGCGACCUGGAGGCAGGGAAGUCCCUGCCCUUUAUUUACGGGGACAUACCAGUUGGCCUGGUUUCUACUCCCUUGGAGGAUCUGGACCCUUAUUACAGCACUGAGAAAACCUUUAUAGUAUUGAACCGUGGGAAGGCAAUCUUCCGCUUUAAUGCCACUCCUGCCUUGUACAUCUUAAGUCCCUUCAACCCUAUUAGGAGAUUAUCAAUUAAGGUUUUGGUACAUUCGUUGUUCAGCUUUGUAAUCAUGUGCACUAUCUUGACCAACUGUGCGUUUAUGACAUUGAGUAACCCCCCGGACUGGGCAAAGAAUGUAGAGUACACAUUCACUGGAAUUUACACAUUUGAAUCUCUCAUAAAAAUUCUUGCAAGAGGCUUCUGUGUGGGGAAGUUUACCUUCCUGCGAGACCCAUGGAACUGGCUGGAUUUCAGUGUUAUCCUCAUGGCGUAUGUAACAGAGUUUGUAAACCUAGGCAAUGUCUCAGCUCUCCGCACUUUCAGAGUACUGAGAGCUUUGAAAACUAUUUCAGUAAUCCCAGGCCUGAAGACCAUCGUGGGUGCCCUGAUCCAGUCAGUGAAGAAGCUAUCAGACGUCAUGAUUCUCACCGUCUUCUGUCUGAGUGUCUUUGCACUAAUAGGGCUGCAGCUCUUUAUGGGUAAUUUAAGGCACAAAUGUGUAAAGACAUGGAAUGGGACAAAUUUCAACCAGACCCAAUUCAACUGGACAGAGUAUGUCAACGAUGAAAGUAACUACUAUUUCUUACCAAAUCGAAGAGACGCACUUCUUUGCGGGAAUGGAUCUGAUGCUGGGCAGUGCCCAGAGGGGUUCCUUUGCAUGAAAGCUGGCCGUAACCCAGACUAUGGAUACACCAGUUUUGAUACCUUCAGCUGGGCUUUCCUGUCACUUUUUAGACUGAUGACUCAAGAUUUCUGGGAGAAUCUCUACCAACAGACCCUGAGGGCUGCUGGGAAGACCUACAUGAUAUUCUUUGUGCUGGUGAUCUUCCUGGGCUCCUUCUACCUGGUGAACCUGAUCCUGGCUGUGGUGGCCAUGGCGUACGAUGAGCAGAACCAGGCCACAAUGGAAGAGGCACAGCAGAAGGAGGAGGAGUUCCAGGCAAUGCUGGAGCAGCUCAAGAGGCAGCAGGAGGAGGCACAGGCCGCUGCAGCAGCAGCCGCCACUGAGAGCGGAGAGUCCAGCGGAAAGGGGGGCCCUACUGAGACCUCAUCCGAGGCAUCCAAACUCAGUUCUAAGAGUGCCAAGGAGAGGCGCAACCGCCGCAAAAAGAGGAGACAGCGGGAGGAGGGCGAUGAUGACAGAGCAGACAACGAGAAGUUUCACAAGUCUGAGUCAGAGGACAGCAUCAAGAGAACAGGCUUCCGCUUUUCCAUUGAUGGCAACAGAUUGUCAUAUGAGAAGAGACACUCAUCCCCACACCAGUCACUUCUCAGCGUUCGGGGAUCCCUGUUCUCACCCCGCCGGAACAGCCGCGCCAGCCUGUUCAGCUUCAGAGGCCGAGCACGGGACGUGGGCUCGGAGAAUGACUUCGCCGACGAUGAGCACAGCACACUGGAGGACAGCGAGAGCCGACGAGGCUCGCUCUUCGUGCCACGCCGUGUAGAGCGCCGCAGCAGCAACAUUAGUCAGAGCAGCGUGUCUUCACGGGUCCUGCUACCAGCCAAUGGCAAGAUGCACUGCACCGUGGACUGCAACGGGGUGGUCUCCCUGGUGGGUGGAGCCUCAGUGCCGACGUCGCCUGCUGGACUCCUCCUGCCCGAGGUGACUGUAGAUAAGGCCACUACUGAAGACAAUGGCACCACCACUGAGACGGAAAUUCAAAAGAAGAAGAGGUCUAGCUCUCACCAGACCUCCAUGGAGUUUUUAGAAGACCCAGUUGCAAGACAGCGAGCCCUGAGUGUUGCCAGUAUUUUGACAAACACAAUGGAGGAGCUUGAGGAGUCCCGUCAAAAAUGUCCACCGUGUUGGUACAAAUUUGCGAACAUUUUUCUCAUUUGGGACUGCUGUCCACUGUGGCUAAAGAUCAAGGAGAUUGUCAGUCUGAUUGUGAUGGACCCAUUUGUUGACCUGGCCAUCACCAUCUGCAUUGUCCUGAACACAUUAUUUAUGGCAAUGGAGCAUUAUCCCAUGACCAAGGACUUUAACAAUGUCCUCUCUGUGGGAAAUUUGGUCUUUACAGGUAUCUUUACUGCGGAAAUGGUUUUCAAAAUCAUUGCUUUGGAUCCAUACUACUAUUUUCAAGAAGGCUGGAACAUAUUUGAUGGCAUUAUCGUCAGCCUGAGUUUGAUGGAGCUUGGUCUGGCCAAUGUGGAAGGACUGUCCGUUCUUAGGUCAUUCCGAUUGCUUAGGGUAUUCAAGCUGGCCAAGUCCUGGCCCACACUAAAUAUGCUCAUCAAGAUCAUCGGCAACUCUGUGGGUGCCCUGGGCAACCUGACCCUGGUGCUGGCAAUCAUUGUUUUCAUCUUCGCUGUGGUGGGCAUGCAGCUCUUUGGCAAGAACUACCGCGACUGCGUGUGCAAGAUCUCAGAGGACUGCACGUUACCCCGCUGGCACAUGUUUGACUUCUUCCACUCUUUCCUCAUCGUAUUCCGUGUGCUGUGUGGCGAGUGGAUCGAGACCAUGUGGGACUGCAUGGAGGUGUCCGGGCAGACUAUGUGCCUCAUCGUUUUCAUGAUGGUCAUGGUCAUCGGGAAUCUGGUGGUACUGAAUCUCUUCCUGGCCCUGCUGCUCAGCUCAUUCAGCGCUGACAACCUGGCGGCAACAGAUGACGAUAGUGAGAUGAACAAUCUGCAGAUCGCUGUGGGUCGCAUCCACCGUGGCAUCGACUUUGUCAAAGCCACACUGCGACAGUUCUUCCAGAGCUUGUGCGUGGGGAAGAACCAGAGGGCCCUGGAUGAAGUGAAGGCCCUAGAGGAGCUCCAUAGCAAGGGGGAGAACUGCAUCUCUAACCACACUGCUGUGGAUUUCAACCGGGAGCCCGAAUACUUGAAGGAGGGCAAUGGUACUGCCAGCGGGCUGGGCAGUGGCAUGGGAAAGUACAUGAUCGAUGACAGUGAUUACAUGUCCUUCAUACACAACCCCAGCCUCACCGUCACAGUGCCCAUUGCUGUUGGCGAGUCUGACUUUGAGAACCUCAACACUGAGGACUUCAGCAGUGAGUCGUCGGACAUAGAGGGCAGCAAGGAGAAACUGGCCGACCCCCAGCUCAGCUCCUCAGAGGGCAGCACAGUGGACAUCAGGCCCCCAGGCGAGGGCGGAGAAUCUGUGGAAAUGGAGCCAGAAGAGUCAAUGGACCCAGAGGCCUGCUUCACUGAAGGCUGUGUGCGCAAGUUCCAGUGCUGCCAAGUCAGCUUAGAGGACACCAAGUGGAAAAUAUGGUGGACACUGAGGAAGACGUGCUAUAGGAUUGUGGAACACAACUGGUUUGAGACCUUCAUCAUUUUUAUGAUCCUUCUCAGCAGUGGAGCUCUGGCAUUUGAAGACAUCUACAUUGAGCAGAGAAAGACCAUAAAGACCAUGCUGGAGUAUGCAGACAAAGUCUUCACCUAUAUCUUCAUACUGGAGAUGUUGCUGAAAUGGGUGGCUUAUGGAUUUGUGAAAUAUUUCACCAAUGCCUGGUGUUGGCUGGACUUUCUGAUUGUUGAUGUGUCCCUGGUGAGCCUGGUGGCCAACGCUCUGGGCUACUCAGAGCUGACCGCCAUCAAAUCCCUUAGGACACUGAGAGCACUGAGGCCCCUGAGAGCACUCUCACGGUUUGAGGGAAUGAGGGUGGUUGUCAAUGCUCUCCUUGGGGCAAUACCCUCCAUCAUGAACGUGCUUCUGGUCUGCCUCAUCUUCUGGCUCAUCUUCAGCAUCAUGGGUGUCAACCUGUUCGCAGGGAAGUUUUACCACUGCGUCAACACCACUACAGAUGACAUGUUCAGCAUAGACAUUGUCAACAACAUGACACAGUGCCUGGCUCUGGGGGACAGGGCACGCUGGAAGAAUGUGAAGAUCAACUUUGACAACGUGGGAGCAGGUUACCUUGCAUUGCUCCAAGUGGCAACAUUCAAAGGUUGGAUGGACAUCAUGUACGCAGCUGUGGAUUCUCGCGAUGUGGAGGAUCAACCAGUUUAUGAAGAGAACCUCUACAUGUAUUUGUACUUUGUCAUAUUUAUCAUAUUUGGGUCAUUCUUCACUUUGAAUCUCUUCAUUGGUGUCAUAAUUGACAACUUCAACCAGCAAAAGAAAAAGUUAGGAGGUCAGGACAUCUUCAUGACUGAGGAACAGAAGAAGUACUACAAUGCCAUGAAGAAACUUGGAUCCAAGAAGCCCCAGAAGCCAAUUCCGCGACCAGCGAACAAGUUCCAAGGAUGUGUCUUUGACAUUAUUACAAAGCAGGCCUUCGACAUUGUCAUUAUGAUUCUUAUUUGCCUUAACAUGGUCACCAUGAUGGUGGAGACAGAUGACCAGACAAAGGAAAUGGACAACAUUCUUUACUGGAUUAAUCUGGUCUUUAUUGUGCUCUUCACUGGAGAAUGUGUGCUGAAGAUGAUCUCACUUCGCCAUUAUUACUUCACAGUUGGUUGGAAUGUAUUUGAUUUUGUUGUUGUCAUCCUUUCAAUAGUUGGAAUGUUUCUUUCAGAGCUCAUUGAAAAGUACUUUGUGUCACCAACCUUAUUCCGAGUCAUUCGACUAGCCAGAAUCGGUCGCAUUCUGCGCCUCAUAAAGGGUGCCAAGGGAAUCCGUACACUUUUGUUUGCCUUGAUGAUGUCACUUCCUGCCUUGUUCAACAUCGGUCUUCUGCUGUUUUUAGUCAUGUUUAUUUACGCCAUUUUUGGCAUGUCCAAUUUUGCCUAUGUUAAAAAGGAGGCUGGAAUCGAUGACAUGUUCAACUUCGAGACAUUUGGCAACAGCAUGAUCUGCCUGUUCCAGAUAACCACGUCGGCAGGUUGGGACGGCCUGUUGGCCCCCAUCCUCAACAAGAGAGAGCCUGACUGCGACAGUGAAGUGGAGCACCCUGGCAGCUCUUAUAAGGGCAACUGCGGGAAUCCGUCGGUGGCCAUCUUCUUUUUUGUCAGCUACAUCAUCAUUUGCUUCUUGAUUGUGGUGAACAUGUACAUUGCUGUCAUCCUGGAGAACUUCAGCGUGGCCACGGAGGAGAGCGCGGAGCCCUUAAGUGAGGAUGACUUUGAGAUGUUCUACGAGGUGUGGGAGAAAUUUGACCCAGACGCUACCCAGUUUGUGGAGUAUGACAAGCUGUCCAGCUUUGCCGAUGCCCUAGACCCCCCGUUGCGCAUACCAAAGCCUAACAAGAUUCAGCUGAUUGCCAUGGACCUACCAAUGGUGAGUGGGGACCGCAUCCACUGCCUGGACAUUCUGUUUGCCUUUACCAAACGAGUACUGGGUGAAGGUGGCGAGAUGGACGCGCUCCGAGGGCAAAUGGAGGAACGCUUCAUGGCCUCCAACCCAUCCAAGGUGUCCUACGAGCCCAUCACUACCACGCUCCGCCGUAAACAGGAGGAAAUGUCUGCCAUCGUCAUCCAGAGAGCCUUCAGACGCUAUCUCAUCAAGCGAACUGUUAAGAAAGCUUCCAAAAUGUAUAAAGAAAAUAUCAGCGAUGGGGGGAAGCUGCUGGACAAGGAAGUCCUGGUCAUAGACAAACUGAACGAAAACUCCACGUCAGACAAAACCGAUGUGACCCCUUCGACAGCCUCUCCACCCUCGUACAACAGCGUCACAAAGCCAGACAAAAACAAAUACGAGAAAGACAAGCGUGAGAAAGAGGACAAAGACAAAGAUAACAGAGAGAACAGAAAAUAGAAUGACGAGGAGAAAGGACAAACUGAAACCUAGACAUUCCAUUUAUGUGACAAAUUGUUUACAGCCUUGGAAGGUGACCUCUUUGUGUCAAUGGGACUCCUUUUCUGAUGUGGAGAGCUAUGCCAAACUGACAGCGCUUACAUAAGUCUACAUGUAAGGCCAGUGCCUGAAACGAGGCAGUGACCCUUGUCAGGAGACUGAGGUGAAAUGGGAAAGAGGAGUCACGGUCUUGGGCGGAGGGGUCGCCAUUUUUUCUGCGAGCCACGCAGCUUGGAGCAAGUGAAAAUGGCGACUCCUGUAGGAGGCCUGCGUAGGUACAAACAUCCUCUUUUGCUUUUUCGGUUUUGUUACGAUCUCAGACACUUUAGUAGACUUCAGUGUUUAGUAUUUUGUAGCUAGUACUGCUACUGCUACAUCCAGUGUCUUGCAUUACAAUUGCCAUAUUAUUUACUUAUUUUUGUUACAAAAUUUUGUUUUAUAUAUGUUUUUUUUAAUUCAUAGGUUGAAUGUGUAAAUUUUGUGAAUGGGUUUCCUCUGUAAACAGGGAGGGGGUUAAUGUACCAUUUAAAAACAGGAUCAGAAAUAACUAUGGCAUCGACAUCAACAACGAUUUGCUGACAUUGGAACAUUGAAAUGUAAGCUGCUUUUUCUUUUUUUCUUUUUUUUUUUUUUGCAUGGAAGCAUGCGCAGUCAUUGUCAUGCAUGAAGGAUCAUUUGCAAAAAUGAGUUAUUUUUGUCCUGUGUUUCAGGGUGGCUCUCAAUAUUUGAGGUGCUUAUGAACCAUCUCUGGUGAAUCUAGAUUUUUAUGUGCCUAUUUUUAUCCCCCGUGAGAACAGCUCUACAUAUUAAGUAACCUUUAACCCAAACAAUUCUUUGAUUUCAGAGCAACGACCCCUGUACACACAUUCUACUACUUCCCCGCCACCACCACCCCCUCCAGAGAGAGUCAGGCAGAUUUCCAUUAUUUUAUUCUUCACAGACUUUGUACAGGACAUCGAGGAAUUCAGUGGCUUUUUAUUUCACUAUACAUCUGUUUGCUCAAAUUUCAGUAUUCUUUAGCCAUCUCUGUCUCUGUCAGACGUAGAUGUAGAGAUGGAGCUCAUAGAAAUCAGUCUGCGCUGUAUAUAGCUCUGUUCUUUAUGAUCUUUUGUUUGAGCAAACAGAUAUUUUUUGACACAGUGUAAUUGUGUCAGAUAUGUUCCUCCUUGUGUCGUCCGCCAGCUUUAUGGGGGAAAGGCCCUGUAUUCUGUGUCCCGUUGUGGAUCUUGUGGUGGCGCUCUCUGAUACAUGUCUCUAUGGCCUGCUGCACGUUAGAACUACAGGCAAAAGGGGAGGUGGUUUAAGAAACCCUCUUUUCUCCAUGCCAUUGCACAGAACCUCUAUUUGCUUCUGAUCUCAAACGUGUCCCCUUAAUUCCCUUUCCUUCCGUCAGCAAGGAUACAAUGAAAAUGCCCAGUGUUGUCUUCUGUAUGGGGAGUGAACAUGAUGCAUCCCACACCAGCUUUGAGAAAUUUUAGUGAUUUGAUGUCACUCUGUGUCCAUUGAACCACUGUAAAAUAUCACUAUACUUUUUGUAAAUAACACACUGUAAAAUCACAACUGCACUGCAACAUUGCAACCUUCGUAAUUAGGGUCCAUCGCACAGUUGUCCUCACAUAACCCCUAAUGAACGACCUGUGGAGAAGUUGAUUCACCUUUGGUUUAUUGUACACUGUUUUUGUAGGUCGGGGCUGCAGCAAUAAGAAAGUAGAGGGCAAUAGAUGAAGAGGUGUGAUGCAGAGACAUUGGCUUACUGCGCUUGUGUCAGGAAUAGUGUCCUCAAACACAGGCCUAUUUUCUGCAGCUUUUACAUUUCCUAUUUAUUUGUUUUUCAAAGGUACAUGAGAAAACGAUCUGCAAUUUUUGUCUCACAAGAGAACUGUAAUGAGCAUGUAAAUAUAUAUAUAUAUAUAUUUAUAUAUGUAUAUUUACAUAUAUAUCUGUAUGUAUGUACACAAUGCUUUAAUUUCAUUACGUUCAAUAGCUACCAUAAUUACUAUGCUUGUAGUGUAUCAGUAGACUGCAUGCAGGAUAUUGCUAUUAGCCCAUAAAUCUCAUUAAAAAGCCAAAAGAAUAAAGACUGCAUUUUUAUCGUACCUCAGGUAUGUCUGUAAAAUGUCUUUAUAUAUCUUUCCUCUAGUAAUCUGAACACUGUCCACCACCUGUAACUCAUACAGCAAUAUUUGUUUUAAUUGUAGCACAUUUUCUUUCUCCGCAGUGGUCUUUGCCAUUCAUGUAGAACAACAUUUACUUUAAAUGCAUAACAUACACGUUCACAAUUUUUUUUAAAGAU